AUGUCUAAGAACAUUUUAGAUGAGAUAUUAUCAGAUUCAGAUAUUUCUAAAGAUGAAGAUGAAGGGUCAAUGGCUAGCUUGAAUGCAGAUGCAUUUCGAUUAGAUGGGAAACAACCUACCGAUGGUAAUGGCAAUAUGGAAUUGUUUGUAAGGGAUGAGGAUAGCAGUCCGUUGGGCAAGGAAACUGCUAAUUCCAAUCAAGUUUACCGUAGUAUCAGUGAAGAUGGAUCGGAUGAAGUGAGUGAUAUUAAAACACCCCCAAGAGAGCGGAAACGGGUUAGAUUUAACGCAGGUCAAGACGCAGAGACUGAUAAAGAUGACGAUGAGCUAAAUCCAUGGGACUUGAAAAGAGCUGUGCGAAAACAGUUUAAGGAGAAGCUUCCAGAAAAUUACGAGAUCAAAACCUGGAAACGACCCCCCAAGCAUCUAAUAAGAUCUCUUUUAGAGAUUAUGGAAGGUAAUGUAGAAAGAGCGGCGGAGGACGUUAUGAACAAGUAUAGCGAUGAGUGUAUACAUACCCUAGGCCCUGAAGAGUUUGAAAAGUUCCAAGAGGACAAGAAACAGGUCCUAUUCAAUAUGAUUGGGAAGCUAAGAAGCCGUUUGAAACGAACAAAGUUUCCAUCCCGAAUUUCUGAUCAUGCACUUGACAUAGAAUACAUAUAUACCAAGCGGAAUUUCAUUCAGCAACGUUAUGAGACAGAAUUAGAUAAUACGGAAAAAGUGGAAUUACAGCUGGUUGAAGAGCAACAAGUCUUGGCUACAAUAAAGAAUCAAGCCUCUCAAGCAACAGCCAAGCAGUUACUAGAACAGUUGACCGCAGAUCUUCACCCCUCUUUAAAUAAGGCGAUAUCUAACGCAUAUGGACUUAUUAAAGAUCAAGAAAAUACACGAGAAACCUACCUAAGGGAUGUUGAUAACCUUAACUUAAAGCCUAGCAUCAGCGAUGCUUAG